AUGGUUAAUAAUAGUGGAAUAAGUGUCAUUACUAAAAUUGUUGAAUCUGAACAGAAGAAUCAAAAAUUGCAUGAUUCUAUUUUAAAUAAAAUGCCAUGUUAUGAUAAAUACGAGGAGAUAAAUAUUUUAUCAUCAGAAGAAGUAGAAUUAUUAAAAAAAUUUCAUGAAUUUGAAAAAAAGAAAAAAUUUGAAUAUUUUAAAGAAAAUGCUACAAUAGUAACAGUAUUAUUUAAUUGUCUCCAAACAGAUUUUAAUAUCCAUUUAAUUCAAUAUGUACUAACUAUUUUUUAUGAAAUUAUUAGAAAUGAUGGAAGUUCCUAUUGUUACAUAUUAAAUAUAUUAAAUAAUAAAAAUGUAUAUGCGUAUUUAAUGAAAUUAUGUACACAUAAUGAUACUUAUAUAGCAGAUAAAAGUUCUUUCUUAUUAUCAGGUAGUUUUUGCUAUAAUAAUAGUUAUUUUACUGAAACUGAAAUAAAAGAUUUUAUUUUAAAAAUUGAUUUUUUUAAUAUAACUGAAGAAGGAAAAAUGGAUAUUUAUAUAAAUAUUUUAAAAAUUGAUAAUUAUAGAAAAGAUAUUUAUGAAUUAGAACAGUUUUUAUCAAUAAUUAAAAAAAAUUUAGAUUUAGCAAAUAAUAAUGCAAAUAAGCAAUAUAAAUCAGUCUUCUGUGUAUGGUUACUUACAUUUAAAGAUUGUUUUAUUAAAAAAUUACAUAGAAAUAAUAUUAUAACAGUUGUAAUUAAUUUAUUUAAAAAAUGUAGAGUAGAAAAAAUAGUAAGAGUUUGCUUAAAUAUAAUUAAAAAUAUAAUGCAUAUUGAUGACUGUUUUGAAAUAAUAGUUGAUAACAAUGUAAUUCAAACAUUAACUGUUCUACAAUAUGACAAAUGGAGAGAUAAUGAUAUAUAUGAUACUAUAGUUCAACUUUUACAUAAAUUAGAUCAACGUGUUAAGAAUUUCAGUAAUUUUGAAAGAUAUUGUCAUGAGCUUUCAAAUGGAAAGUUAAAAUGGUCUAUUUUACAUACAGAAAAGUUUUGGUUAGAAAAUGUAAUGCAAUUUGAAAAAGAUGAAUUCAAAGCUAUACAACAAUUAGCUGAUAUAAUAAAAAAUUAUGCCCAUAAUAUUGUUCUAAAAAAUGAAUCACCUAAUAAUAAAAAUGAAAUAGAUGGUGUUACUGUUGCUGUUGCUUGUUUUGAUAUUGGAGAGUUCGCUAGAUUAUAUCCAAAUGGGAAAAAAAUUUGUCAGAAAUUUCGAAUUAAAGAAAAUAUAAUGAUUUUAAUUACAACAAAAGAUAGAGAUAUUGUUAGAGAAGCCCUUUUAUGUGCACAAAAAAUUAUGUUAAACAAUUGGCAAAGCAUAUCAAAUACAAUAUAA